GUUGUCGGCUGUUCGCUAUUACUGCGGAGGGGGAGGGGCCGUGGCUGCUGCUCUGUGGAGCUCAGCUCUUGGUCCCGCCUGCCGCGUAGGAAACACCGUGGCGCCGAGCAGGGCCUAGUGCGGGGGGCCCGGGCAACGGGCCGGACAGGUUUCCCCAUGUCCGUGACGUGUUGGCCGAGGCUCUGCGGCUGCUCCCCGCCCUUGGAGCUGCUAGUCGCUACCCUUUGGACUCCGUGAUCCCUGACGAACGUCAUGAGCAUUGCAAUCCCUCUGGGAGUCACCACACCAGAUACAUCUUAUUCAGAUAUGGCUGCUGGAUCUGACCCAGAGUCUGUGGAAGCUAGCCCAGCUGUUGGUGAGAAGAAUGUAUACUCGAGUCACAGCUACGGGGCCUCCCAGAGGCACACCUACCGAGGCCUGCCUUAUGCAGAUCAUAAUUACGGAGCCCCUCCUCCUCCGACCCCUCCUGCUUCUCCCCCUGUCCAGACCAUCAUCCCUCGUGCAGAACUGAAUGGCCUACACUCGCAUGAUGAGGAGAAUUCUGGGGAUACAGAGAGCUCCUCAGAGGCGGAAUCCAUCCCCAGUUGGUGUCAUUGCAGCCUCUCCCAGGAUGGCUUCCUCAUCAAAUGUGAGAAGUGCAGGGGCAUCGGCAGGGGAAAAGUGAUCAGACUUCGCCGCCGGAAGCAAGAUAACGUGUCAGGUGGAGACAGCAGUGCAACUGAGAGCUGGGACGAGGAGCUGUCUCCAUCCACAGUGUUGUACACGGCUACACAGCACACCCCCACGAGCAUCACUCUGACAGUCAAUCGGGUCUGUAGAACCAAACCCAAGAAGCGGAAAAGGAAUACAGAAAGAGCACGUACUGCGCCAAAGGCCAAAAAAAUCAAGGCUUUUAGAGAAGGUUCACGGAAGUCUUUGCGGAUGAAGAACUCUCCUUCAGAAGCCCACGCCUUGGAUGAGAAUACACCAGAAGGCUGGGAGAACCGCAUAAGGCUCUGGACAGAUCAGUAUGAAGAAGCCUUCACUAACCAGUACAGUGCUGAUGUGCAGAACCUUCUAGAACGCCAUCUCAAUGCCAACAAAGAAUUUGUGGGCAAGGCUGCCGUGCUGGAUACCAUCAAUAAGACAGAACUUGCCUGUAACAACACAGUCAUUGGAUCUCAGAUGCAGCUGCAGCUGGGGAGAGUGACCCGAGUUCAGAAGCACCGGAAGAUUCUGAGAGCAGCCAGAGAUCUGGCCGCAGACACCCUGAUCAUUGAAUAUCGUGGGAAAGUGAUGCUGCGACAACAGUUCGAGGUCAAUGGACAUUUCUUCAAAAAGCCGUAUCCCUUUGUACUGUUUUACUCCAAGUUCAAUAGCGUUGAGAUAUGUGUGGAUGCUCGCACCUUUGGUAAUGAUGCCAGAUUCAUCAGGCGCUCCUGUACACCAAAUGCAGAGGUCCGUCAUGUGAUUGCUGAUGGGAUGAUUCACCUAUGUAUAUAUGCUGUUACAUCCAUUGCCAAGGAUGCGGAGGUCACAAUUGCCUUUGACUACGAGUACAACAUCUGCAACUAUAAAGUGGAUUGUGCCUGUCACAAGGGAAACCGGAAUUGCCCUGUACAAAAACGAAGCUCAAACGCUAUAGACCAGCUACCUCCACCUAUUCUAGACACUCUGAUUGGAGCAGAGACUAGGCGACGGAAAGCCCGUCGGAAGGAGCUGGAGCAGCGUGGUGCUGCAUCAGAUGAGAACAGUAAUCCACAAGCAGAGGAAGUCCCCGAGGGACUUGCUGCAGCCAGUGAUAAUGAGGUUGCAGACAAAGAAGAGAAGCAAGAAGAGGAGAAAGAAGCAGCGUCGGAUGAUCAGGGAGGCCUCACGCAGAGCAGGCGGUCCCGAGAAGACAGGAAAGUAGAAGCCAUCAUGCAUGUAUUUGAAAACCUGGAGAAACGAAAACGGAGAAGAGAUCUGCCAUCAGACCGAAGCAGCACGGAUGCGGAGGUGGUGGUGACCGCUGAGACGCCAGAACCGGAGGAAGCCAAAUCUGAGCCAAACGAAACCGAAGAGAGCAGUUUGACUUUAAGCGCUUCUGCCCCGAGUACCCCUCCCUGUGUCAGCACUGGAGUGAAUACCCGGAGGUCUUCACAGGCUGGGGAGACUGCUGCAGAAAAGCCAGUCGCUAAACCAGUACCAUCUAAACCAACAAGGCCACGACCCAGAAGUCGGUUUUCCCGGUACCGGAGUAGUUCAGCACAGCGACUGAGAAGGCAAAAGCAAGCGAGUGCCCAGCAGUCCGAGUUCACACAGGCCGCUCCAGAGGAAGGGAGCAGUGUGAGCACAGUAACGGCAGCAGAAGUCAGCAGCACUGAGGGCCCAGGAGAAGGGAAACAGCCGACUGGUUCUGACCCAGCUGUGGCUGCAGUUUCAGGAUCCCAGACCAUCCGGGCCACAGUCAAGUACCCCAAAACAAAAAAGUAUCUAGUGACAGAGUGGCUGAACGACAAAGCAGAGAAGCAGGAAUGUCCUUUACGCAUCACCACUGACCCAACUGUGCUGGCCACCACCCUCAAUAUGUUGCCAGGCCUCGUCCACUCCCCCCUCAUUUGUACCAUGCCUAAACACUACAUCCGCUUUGGCUCUCCCUUCACCCCGGAAAGGCGGCGACGGCCCGUUCAGCUAGAUGGGAACUACAGCUCUUGUAAAAAGCGCUGGAUGAAGCAAGCUCUGGAAGAAGGAAUGACUCAGACCUCAGCCCCUUCCCAGGAGAACAGAGUCCAGUGUCUAUACCAAAGUAAUGAGAGCAGCAGCACUUCUGGCAUUUGCAAAGAGAACACAGACUUACUGAGCCCCUUGAAGAAGUGGAAGUCUCGCUACCUGAUGGAGCAGAGUGUGACCAAGUUACUGAGGCCGCUGUCUCCAGUCACUCCCCCGCCUCCUGCCCCCUCCUCGGUCCUGGACUCCCUGAGCCCACAGCUCACCACGUCCUCCUCAUCUAUGCCAGGCGAGGAGGAAUGUCGCAGCAGCUGCGGAGUGAUCUUCUCACCGAUUCCUUCCGUGUCAGCUAGUCGUUGCAAUACUCCACUACAGUUUGAGAACGUAUCUUCCCCUGAGAGUUCCCCUGCGCAUAGGCCCGAGUCCCUGUCGCCCGAGCUCUGUCUCAGGGCGGACCUUGACAUGACGAAGCCGGGAUACCUAGAAGCCAGCGCCAACAGCUGCCCAGAGAGACCGCCGCUGCUCCCUCCAGGGCAUUCGGAUCCAGCCUCCCAGCCUUCAGAGACCAGCUUCCCUGGGAAGAGUGGGGAAGCCCAGACGCUGCUAAGGAGCUCUGACCAAGCUUUCCGGACAGAGUUUAACUUAAUGUACGCCUUCUCCCCUUUGAAUGCCAUGCCCCGGGCGGACGGAUUGUUACGAGAAUCUCCCCAGAUGGCUGAUGGGAAGCCUCUCAAUCCAGAGAGGGGUUGCUGCAGUUCUCCUGCAGAGGAGGGGUAUUUCGGCAGACACGAGCAGGCACUUCUUAAAGAGGCAGCACAUGGAUCCAUGGCCCCCUGUGGCGAGAGGGCUUGUGAAAAAUCCACCCCGCAGAACCCACCACAGAGGAAGAAGGUAUCUCUGCUGGAGUACCGCAAACGAAAGCAAGAAGCCAAGGAAGGCGGGGAUUCUAUUCGAUGCACGGGGACACCAACUCGGCUGGGUAGCAGCUGCUCUGGAGCCGAUGUGGAUGCUGGUGUCGUGCAAGGCCCCGGGAGCCGAGCUCUGUCCUCGCCACAACACAGCUUCUCCCCCUCACAUUCCUCCCUGUCUCAUCUAGAGGAUGUCAGCCCACCUGAACCAAGGGGGACCACACACAGCAAAUCCCAGGAGAGCAUCAGCAGUAGAUGGAUGGUGCCUACCUCGGUGGAGCGGCUCCGCGAAGGCCGUGGCAUUCUGGAAAAGGUUUUACGUAGCAGCGCCAAGAUAUGUCAGAGAGGGGAGCCUUCACCCACCCGCGAAAGCCUAGGGGAGAGAGAAGCAGAUACAGUGGAAGCCGAAACAACCGACUCCCUCGGCUCUGCCCUCAAGGGACCAGCUGUUUACAGUCCUUCUCGGUAUAGCUACCAGCUCUUGCAAUCCGAUAGCCCCCGAGCGGAGUCUCAGGCUCUCCUCCAGAGCUCCUCCCCUUACCGAGGACAUCCCAUUGCAUCACCUGGGUACAGUUACCGGUCUCAGUCGCAGAGAACAGGACACCUUCCUUCUCACGGUUCCUCGGAAUCCUCCACUUCCUCCACCCCCUCAGUCUCCACGGACUCCUCAGCUCUGUUUACAGGGAAUUCUGGGUAUUACAGCAGCCAGCAGCACUCUAGCGGUGGCGUCCUGAAGAAGGGCUGUCCAGCAGCAGCUACUCCGAGUUCUGCCCAGACCGCCGCUGCAGACUGUUUGCCCCCCUCCGAACCAGGGUCUCACCCCUGUGCGGGAACUGCCGGCUGCACUUCUUCGUCUAGGCCCUCUCAGUCGGACUUGCGGACUAUCAACCCUCCCAGUUCUGGGCAAACGGCUCUCUAUCAGAGCUCCAGAGCGGCAGCACUUUCCAACUCACAGCACUACUCACACCGAGGGGGAGGAGGCAGCAUCCAUCCAUACAGACUCCCCGGGUCAGGGGUGAAGACGCAGACGGGCCUUUCUUAGGGCAGAACAGAAAUUAGCCUACCAUUCCUUCCAGCAGCAGCUUGUGGGGGAGUGAUGCUGGA